AUGGGUAUUCUUCUCUUCCUAAUCUGCAUCUUUCUCAGUGAAUUAGCUCUAAAUCAAGCUUCUUUAGAUCCCAGUGUGAAGGAGACAUCCUUCUCGUACCCAUCGUUCGAUGCUGAUAGUUGCAAUGCUACCCUGAUAUGUAUGGGCUCAGUAAGCGUUGGCGACAGGCGCUUGAAACUUACACCAGAACCACUGCCAGUCGAUUCGAACUCGACACAACCUGUGCUGAAGGACCAGAUAGGCAGGGUUCUAUUUCAUCAGCCUGUGAUUGCAUGGCCCGCGUAUAUCAAUACAACGUUCACAGUCAGGAUUUUUACCUUUCCGAAUACGACCACCAAUGGAGAUGGGAUGACGUUUAUAAUGGCUCAGAAUAACAGUCCUUCUCCACCUGAAAGCAAGGGCUCAUAUCUUGGAGUCCUGGAUAAGUCAACAGAAGGUGGUGUUACUCGACAGAUAGCUGUGGAGCUUGACACUUACCCGAAUGAGUUCGAUCCAGAUGGAAACCAUAUGGGCAUUGAUACAACAAGCAUAACAAAUCCAGUGGUAGCUAAGAGUCUGAACAGAACAGGCAUUUACCUUACAAGUGGAAGAGAUAUCACGGUUCAAAUUGUUUACGAUAGCUCGACGGAGGAGCUCCAAAUAUUUGUUGCAUAUGCAGAGAACCCACUAGUGAGUUUCCUGAAUCAGUCUAUUGACAUGUCAAAAUGGGUUCCGAAUUCUGUUUAUGUAGGCUUCACAGCCGCUACAGGGCCUUUCUCAGAGGCUCAUGAGGUUCUGAAUUGGACUUUCCAGUCAACAUCCUUGCCAGACUUGAAGAAAGCUUCUGAGAAAGAAAAUAGAAAAAGGUUCCUCUUGACUGUUGCAAUUGUCUUGGCAGGAUUGGGGGUGCUGAUACUAUUCACUUUACCGAUUGCUUUAAGGGAUUUAAGGAAGAGAAAAGAGAGGAGUAAAAGGAGAGCUGAAAUUGAAAGCCGAUCAAUGAGAGCAGCAAAUGCACCCAAAAUGUUUACAUAUAGACAACUCUCAAAGGCUACUCUUAAAUUCAGCAAGGAAAACCUGUUAGGAACUGGUGGUUUUGGAAGUGUUUACAAAGGUGUCAUUUCCUCGGAUCCUCCCAUGAUCUUAGCAGUAAAAAAGAUCUCAGCGACUUCAAGACAAGGCUGGUGCCACGAGCGCGAGCAACUUCUUUUGGUUUACGAAUACAUGCCCAACGGCAGCCUUGAUUGCUACAUCGGCAGGCGCUUUCUUGACUGGAACACUAGGUACAAAAUAUUAACAGGCCUGGCAUCAGCAUUACAUUACCUCCAUGAGCAAUGUGGCCAUCCUAUUGUUCACCGAGAUGUUAAGCCGAAUAAUGUAAUGUUGGACUCCGAUUUCAAUGCUCAUUUAGGCGAUUUCGGCCUUGCAAGAUUGCUCAGAAGCGAUUCUGCAGUUACAACAAUGCUUGCUGGCACUCCAGGAUACUUGGCUCCUGAAGUAGCUUACACAGGAAAGGCUGCUCCAGAAUCUGAUGUCUAUAGCUUUGGCAUGGUUGUAAUAGAAGUCGUGACAGGACAACGGUCAAGGGGUAUUUUCGAAGAAAAUAGUUUACUAGAUUAUGUAUGGAGUUUACAUGGAAGAAAAACAUUGCUCGAAGGUGUUGACCGAAAGCUAGAAGGCAAGUAUGAUGAACAACAAGUGAAGAGGACAUUACUUGUUGGACUUGCUUGCUUGCAUCCUGACACUAAGAGUCGUCCAACUAUUAGAAAAGUAGAGCAGAUUUUCUUGAACCCCGAUGAGCCUCUGAUGGAGGUGCCAGAAUCGAGGCCAAAUGCAAUUUUUGUGCCACUUUCUUCCUCUGCUUCAACCACAAGGUCUGCAACUGAUUUUGGGUCUAAAAGUGACGAUAUCUUGUUGCGGUCAACCCCUGAAGAGAUGGUCCUUGAUGAGAUUAUUGUCCACCAUGAAGAUUCUGACAUAUAAAAUUUGUCUCUUGUGGGUGUUGAAGAUAGAAUUUUACUUCCAUUUCCUUAUUUCCAUCUGCAUUUUGUGUAUGU